CUUACAAUUUGUACGAUCACUGGUAAUCACAUGACUUGCAUGUUACUUCGGAUCACCAGGCAUGCGUACUAUUCUGUUGCGAGAGCCUUGAACGAAAAGCGUCGAAAAUGGCGGAGUCUCUGAGACGGUUGGUUAACAUCGGCACAUUUACCGUAUUACAAGAUAAGUUAGAAAGAUGGCUCGGCAACUAUCACAUCAACACAUGUGACCAGAAUGUUGCUCGGUGCUGUGAAAUUAUUGAACUUAAUGCCAAAGUUCAAGGGCAGCUAUUUAAAUUACUCAGUGUCACUGCCGAAUCAGGUGGUAUGUAUGGAGGUGCCAGUAUUAUUAAAUCUCGUUUACUGCCAUUUUUGGGACAGAAUUUCUUUACCUCAGGGGGAUCUGUAACAGCUGACACUAGCCUUAGUAUCUUAGCAGAAUCUGCAGCAAAAAAUAGGGAACUAGAUGACUUACAAGACCAGUAUGAAGUCAGUUUAAACGACCUAGAAGCUGAUCUUAAAGCUAGAGAAAAUGAAGUACAAGACCUUCGUGAUGAACUAUUGGACACCAAGGAUGAACUAUCAAGGAAUUUAAGAAACUCAACCACUGACAAAAUGUUCUUGGAUUCAGAAAAUAGAGAACUGAGAAGAAAACUAGCUUUAGCAGAAGAUGAAGUUAGAACUUUAAGAUCAAAAGCAGGACUGUUAACAGAUUAUGAUACACAAGUUCGACGUUUACGUGAUGACAUUGCUCUCCUAACAGCUAGGCGAGACUCACUUUUAAGAACGUCAACAAUUAAAGAUAAAGACGAUUCAUUCUUAUCUUCAAAAGAUGAGUCUAAACGCAACGGUCCAGGGCUCGCUGACGCACAAGAUGAGAUUGUCAAAUUACGUGCAAGAUCAGGUCUUAUUGAUACUUACGAAAGACAAGUAAGGAAUCUCAAAGAUGAACUCUCAUUGUCUUCCACUAAAAAGAGCUAUUUGGAUGGCAGAGAUGUGUACAGCAGUUUGAACUCCUACCGUUACACACCACGAGUAGGAUCACCACUGUCCAUAGACGAUCCCGUACAACGUGUCAGACAACAGAAUCUCAUCUCACGAUGGAAUGAUAUGUUCUCACAGGAUCGUCUGGACGCCAUGGAUACACUCCGUCGCUAUUCAGAUGAUUAUGAAAACAAUCAAAGAAUCAUCUUCCUAGCUUUACAGGAAGCAUUCAGUGUGGCCAAGUGUGCUUUCCGUCAGUUUAAGAUGAAAGUCCGAGCCAACCUGGCAGCUACACACAUUGGUCCAGAGACUCUUGAGGAGGCAGUCCAGGACUAUGUCAACAGAAAUACAGACCUAUAUGACCUUCCUGGAAUGGUUGCAGAUGUAUUGAGAGGGUUGAAUAGAAGUCCAAAGAUCUAUCUUCCACCAGACUCUACCUUUGCUGUGGUUCAGCCAUUCAUCAGAGAAGCCUGUAAACUUGCCUGGCAAAUGAGUGCUCUAGCCCACCCACUAGAUAUUGCAGUGGCCACUGAUGCUGAACUCUUUGACAACAACAGAUAUCGUAGAAGUUAUGAUUCUGAGUACACAGCACCAUUAGUAAACCAUCACAUCUGGCCAGCCCUGAUGCAGGGAUCUAAGGUUCUAAUGAAGGGAGAAGCUUGCACUCGUAGAGGAGCAUCACUGGGAGCUAGUAGGAGAAGCAGAAGCAGAUCCCGAUCUGUAAGCCCAAGUCUGCGUGCACGAUCCCGUUCUCGUUCAAUGAGCCCAUCUCGUAUGGCUCGUAGUCGUUCCCCAAGUCCACGACGAAUUGCAAGUCCGUAUAGUUCAGAUCCACUUUUCUAGAUGCAAGUAAAACAGAUGAUCCAUGUUAUUUAGUUGACAAUAUACAUAUAUGUUGAUACCAUUUGUUAAUGUUGUUAUUGACAAUUAUUUAUUUGUUUUGGUAAUGUCAUGUGAUCUGUUGCAGACAUACAUGUUUAUAUUUGGUAUUGUCAUGUGACUUGUUGCAGACGGUCAAAUUUUAUCUUGGUACUGUAGAAGGGGAUGUUGGUUUUAUGUUUGUUGAAUGUGAAAUAUUGUAGUAAGGGUUCUAGAGUGAAGCAAAUAUAAAAGAACGAAUUUUUCAAUGUGUGUGUUUAAAGUAGGAAAAGUGUUCAAAAGUUUUUAAAGUAUGAAAUCUGAAACUUCUUCCCAACAUCAAAUUUAAGGAAAGAUUUUGAAAAUUCAACUUUAAUUUGAAUAUUCCAUAUCAGACCAGUUUGAAUAACAAAGAAUUUGAUAUUUAACAACAUACACCUAACCAUUUGAAGCUUCUUAACAUGCUCAUUAUGAAAUUUUUGGACAGCAUUAACAAAAAGUCCUUAAUCUAACAUUUAGUUAUGACAUCCACAAUAAUGUAACAGUUCACAAAGUUAUAAAUAUGUAUUUUAAUUUAUUUAUAUUUAAUUUUUAGUGCUUUAAUAUUGUUACCAUGGUUAUUGAGAAGUAAGAUUCUUUUUGUUGACAUUCCAAAAAUAUUAUACCUUUUUAAAUGUAGAUUGUUAGUUUUUUUUCGGAUAAUCAAAAAUUUGAUAAGGGGUAAAAUCAUGCAAGACAUUACAAAGAUUCUUAGUCAAUCAGUUCAAAAAGGGAAAUUUUAGAAGACAAUCCCUAUAGCAUUCUAUGAAGGUGCUUUUGGACCAAACUUAUACAACUGUGAUACUUAUUUUAUUUUUAUACAAUUUUAAGUAAGAUAUUAUUAGAUUUUUACAAUUUUUGUGAUUUUAAGAAAAGGGUUCCGUCCAUAACUCUAGCCAUUUCAGUAUAAUCUAUUUUGUUGAACAUUGUUUUCUUGUGAUAUUUUAAUAAUUGUUUUUAUAUUAAUCAUGUUUUCAUUACUGUAGAAUAUUUUUGUUAGUGUGUAUUCUAUACCUCAAGUUUGAGAUAGAUCUGUUUUGGAAUUUUUACAAAAAAUAACAAAAAUAUUAAUAGGGUUUUUAGAUUUAUGUUUAUGUGUGCAUACGAAAGUGAAUAUAUUUUAGAAAAGCAUGAUUUGUUUGUUAAUUUCAUUAAUUUUUCUCACGAAAUUUAGAAAAUGAUGUAAAAUUUCAUAUUCUGGUUUUUUUAACAAGGGGAGAUAAUUGCAAUCAUUGUCUAUACUUCUAAUUUCUGGUUUAUUUUUGGGGGGUGUUUUUUUUCAUUUUGCUAUUUUUUUAAACUUUCUUUAUAAAAAAAACAAACCUAAGUUUGUAAUACAAAAAUAAGAUAGAGAAACUUUUGAUAAUACUUUUUUUUUAAAAUAAUUUUAUAACUGAAGCAGAAUAUGAUAUUUUAUUGACCAGGUUCACCAGGGUUGGAAACAGAUUGUAGAUAUAUUUUGCAAGAUUUUUUUUUCAUAUGCAGUUAUAUUUAUAUAUUACAUAUAUUUAUGUAGAGUUUUAUAGAAAUAAAAAUAAACAAAA